AUGUCGGCUGCCGCGACAGCGACAGCGGCGUUGAAGCCACCCCAUCCACACCAACACAAAUCCCACACGCACACACACUCCUAUUCUCGAUCCUCACGGCCUUCCACAACUCCACGCGCUCAUCCGGCCGCCGCAUCGGUUGGUCAGCCUAUGCCGCCUCUCCUCUCCCCCAACUCUCGGGUCCCUCAACCGCCCAAAGACCCCAAGAGCCCCAGUCCAAGUUAUUUUGGGUUCGUCGUUGGUGGCGAUGAUACAAUCCCUCCAGACUCGAAUCCCGGUGCUCAUGCCCGUCAAAACUGGACAUUCCCCCAUUCCACGGCACAGAACCACGUGCCGACACCUCGACACGUGCCCGUCGAGGCUAAUCCAGACUUCGAGGCCUUUCGGAAGCAAUCAGAACACAAUCAUCGUUUCACCCUGAACACGUCGUUCGGCCGACCGUCACAGUCAAGGACGACUUCCUCCACAACCCCGCCCGCCGCAAGCGCCGGGUCCCCGUUUUCCACCCAGCCCAAAGCCGAAGAAAGGUCGAGAAAGGAAAGUGCUAGCACACAAGAUACUCGGAUGACCGAUGUUUCCUUUUUGGACAUUCCAAGACAGCAAUCACCCGCGCGGAUCGGCUCGCAACCCAGCAUAGCAGACCAUCAACAUGCACGGCUCUCAUUACCUGGCAGUGACCUGCGGACGCCACCCCUCCAAACCACCAGACAAACCGCACGGUCUGAAACGUUGCCGUCGUCGAGCGAGCAAGAUGCGCCUUCGAUCGUUUCGCCCGUGCGUGUUGCAGAGCUCAUCAGACACAAUGCGAAAGGUGUUCUCAUUCUCGACCUCAGAGUCUACCAGCAGUAUGCUACAGCAAGAAUUCGGGGCGCUCUGAAUCUGUGUAUUCCGACCACAUUGUUGAAGAGACCAGCAUACAACGUGCAAAGACUCGCGGAGACCUUCUCCUUGCCCGAUGACCAAGACACCUUUGCCAAGUGGCGAGAGUGUACUCACAUCAUCGUCUACGACGCCAAUUCGAGUGUCACAAAGGAGGCCGUGACUCCUCUGACCGUCCUUAAGAAGUUCGUCACAGAAGGCUGGGUCGGGACGGGUCUGGUGAUCAAGGGAGGGCUUCUUGCAUUUCAAAGAUUAGCCCCGGACUUGGUUGACUCGGGGCCGCCCCAUUCGGGGAAGGCAGCAUCCGCCCAGCUGCUGUCUAUUUCUGCUGCCGUCAAAGACGCUCUUCCGGUCGCUGGAGGCUGCGCCAUGCCCACGGAAAAGUCGGCGGCGAAUCCCUUCUUUGGAAAUAUCCGCCAGAAUAUGGACCUGCUGGACGGGGUGGGACAGAUGCCCAUCAAGAAGCCCGCAAACAUGUCCUCAGAGACAGAACAUUCCCUGCCGCAAUGGCUGCAACGGGCAUCUUCCAGGUCGGAUGCGGGCAAGUUGGUGUCGGACCAAUUCUUGCACAUCGAAAGAUCGGAGCAGGAGCGAAUGCAGGAGGCGCUCAGCUGCAAGGUCUCGUACGGCACUCCGCGAAGCGAAGGGCCGGAGAAGAUCCAGGUUGCCGGGAUUGAGAAAGGGUCGAAAAACCGGUACAACAACAUCUUUCCAUACGAUCAUACCCGGGUGCGGUUACAGAAUGUGCCGAACGGGAGCUGCGACUAUAUCAAUGCCAACCAUGUCAAGGCCGAAUUCUCCAAUCGCCAUUACAUUGCGACACAAGCGCCCAUCCCUGCGACGUUCGUUGACUUCUGGCGUGUGGUCUGGGAACAGGACGUCCGCGUCAUUGUCAUGUUGACCGCCGAAGCCGAAGGCGGACAGGUCAAGAGUCACGUGUAUUGGGGGGCCGGUGAGUACGGGCCGUUGAAGCUCAAGCAGCUCUCGGAGCGGCAGGUCAGUCUAGACUCGAAGAAAUACUUGAACAAAGCUCCUACGUCAACUCGACCUCCGCUGGGGCCGAGGAGAUCCACGACCGCCAAUAUCGCGGGAGAAGGGACGGAGGAGGCCGAGGAGAUGAAGCCUCCUUCGUCCAAAUUGCCGUCUGCUACGGUGCGGCACUUUAGCCUCAGUCAUGCUGCAUAUCCGUUCGAGCCCAUGCGGGAAAUUACCCAGAUCCAAUACACAGACUGGCCCGACUUUGGCGCGCCGGCCAGUCCCGCGGAGCUUCUGGGAUUGGUUGAGCAAGUCAACAAGUACGUGCGAGGAUCGUCCAGUCCAGCGAGUGUGAUCGGCCCCGACGAGGCCGCUCCUCGGGACUCGCGACCCAUUCUGGUGCACUGCAGUGCCGGUUGUGGCCGGACGGGGACUUUCUGCACGAUUGACUCGGUCAUCGACAUGCUGAAACGACAAAGGCUAUCCCACGAAGAUGGCCCGCACGGAAUGGAGGUUGACAGUGGAGAUUGGGUGUCUAGAGAUGAUGUUGAUUUGGUGGCCAAGACAGUCGACGACUUUCGACAUCAGCGACUCAGCAUGGUGCAAAAUCUACGGCAAUUUGUCCUUUGUUAUGAGAGCAUCUUACAGUGGCUUGUGGUGCAGGAUUCGGAGCGGCAGAAAAGACCACGCGUGUCGGACCCUAGACGGAGUUAUUAA